GCACCCCAGAACUGGAUGCAGUGCUCCAGGUGGGGUCUCAUGAGAGCAGAGUAGAGGGGCAGAAUCACCUCCCUCAACCUGCUGGUCACGCUUCUCUUAUAUGCUUAAGCCAGAAGAUCCCGAAUGUUCAGUGACUCAAAGAUGUUUCUUUAAAUACGCUAGUAACAGGGGUUGCUAUUACAAUGACAAUUCAGAAAUUUGUAGGGUUAUCUUCAGUCGCUGCUUCUUGAUAACGAGAGUUUCAUGUUCAGUUUUGUCACCACAGACCAUCUAUUGACUGAAAAAUGGGGAAGAAAUUUUCCUUUUCCAUAGAUGACUCUGACAUUGAGCUUUGACAUUUCUUGUCAUCUUGUCAGAGGAGAAAUACCAGAGUUGGAACGCUGAUCUGAAGAGAAUAGCUGUGUUCGCUGUAGCUUCUGCCCGUUGACGGUAUCAAAGACUGUUUUGCAGGAACUGUAGCAUUCUGUGAAGCCUUGUUUAGAGGCAUUGAUUUGAAGAAGCUUGCUUUAUUUUCAAGGCUAGUCUCUUUUAACAAAUUCUUAUCUUCCGUCAGCUUAGCAUUGUUGUGUCCAUUUGUUAAUUUGUCUUUUCAGCUCUUCCUGACCUUUGUCACAAGGAUGGGAGAGCCUAAAAAGCAGCUAUGAAGUAUUUGAAUGAAAUUAGUAAGAGUUGCAGUCCGUAACACAGCAGCCCAAAUGUGCACAGUGAGUUUCUUUGUUGACGUAUAAACAUCAGUGUCAGUUUUGGUACUUGGAAGCUGGAGAUUAUAUCUCUUUUAAGUGGAAGAUGUCAGAGAGCAGUUCUUGACUUGUAACACUUUGCAUCUGGCUUUGUAAGAGUAUUCAGAAAGAAUUGAAGCGAGAAUACUCAUUUAUCUAAUAGCAUCUAGUGGAUUUUUUUCCUGUAUUUCUGAUUUGUUUCAUAAGAUAACAAAAUACCAAGGAACUUGAAAUUAAAAAAGCAGACGUUUAGCGAAAUCUGACAUGUAAGCAUACUGUUCUUGGGGCAUGGAUGUGGCUAUGUCAGCCUAUCAGCCUCACCAGUAACUAAGUGUUCCUCACAGACCAUAAACUGGAAGAGAAGAAUCUUAUUACAAAACUUUAUGAACUUAAUUACGACUUGAGUGACGUGUAAGGUUGUAGUGCAACUUGUUAACUGUUGUGUGUUCUUGCUUCUUAACAGUACGUGCUAACCAAGCGUUACUACCAUUUAGUUCUUUUGCUAUUUUGCACCUUGAAUAUGAUACAUUAGUGCCCUUGUGUUUAGAUUUACGUUCUGUAGGGAUAAACUUGCAUCAGUUUGUGAUUUUUAAGGAUUGUGCCUUUGCUGAGUUUUUCCUCUUUGAGGUUUGGAGUCUGAUUUUUAUUCAGUUCAGCUUUGUCUUGAGGUUGUUUUCAGAGAUGCCAUUUCAGCUCAGCAUGAAGUUAUACGUUUGAGUAUGUUAAGCUGAGAAAUGGCUGUAGUCAGGCGCUGUGGAUGUCAGAUGUGGUAUUGCCUCCAUCACUAACAUCUUGCUAGGCUGCAGCUAAUACUGUGUAUGGAGGUUUUAGCAGAUGGUUGUCCUCCCAGCCUGGAAGCUGGCAAGGAGUCCGUGGGCUUAGGUUGGAAGAUAGUUUUGUGUUUUAGCUGGGGAAAAUGUUUAAGUUUUCUAUGGUGUAAAUCUCUUGUAAAUAAUACAUACCGACUCUGUGCAUGCUGGGGCUUGCAGGUAUGAAAGCAUGUUCUUCUUACAGUAGCAAUGCUUCCUUAAAGGGAAGAUUCUUUUAUAUGCUGUUGGAUUAUGCUAUGUUUGCUUCUGGAGCUGGAGGAAGAUGCUGAUAACCUGCUGUAUUUCUAAAAUAAUUCAUCUGAAACGUGAGCUUCUAAUACCUACUUCCUAAGAAAUUCUAAUUCGUUCACCGGAUUACUUAAGCCUGUUGCGUAAAAUAAAAACAGAUUGUGUGUCGUGGUUAGAUUGUGCUUAUCAAUCUGCUACUUCAAAGCUUACAAAAGCUCAGCAGGUAAGUCCAAUACAUAGCAUGGUGUUAUAUGGUACCUGGCUCCCUUCUCACCAGAUGAGUGAAGCAUGUUUUUGGUCUUAAAAGUAAGGUCCCUCAAGGCAAAGAUAGCCAAACUGCAUUGAGAUCUGCCAUGGAGAGCAGUCCCUUCACUACUGGGGUCAGUGUCUGCUCCUGUGGGAGAGAAGAGAAAAUCAAGAAGGGGGAACAGUCUAAACAAAUCUUAAUUAAACAGAAGACAUAUGACUAAGAAAUGUGGCCAGUGCCAAGUUGCAUACACGUACUUUUCACAUAUAUUCUAUAAUUCCAACAACUGAUGUGUUUAAUGUGGAAUCUGUGGUCUUAAAUCUAUCCGUGUCUAGUGGCUGGAGACAUGAAUGCUUGCAUCAUCAGGCUAGAAAUCAUUUCAGUGUUUGGCUGAGCACUGGUUGUGGUCAGAGCAUGGCAGCCAAGGGUAACCCUCAUAGACUCUUCAGUCCCACGUACGUGUGGGAGAGACCGUAGCCCUAAUACUGCCCUGCUGAGUUUUGGAAGGUCCUGGGGACCCAACGCGCUGGAUUUCUAAAGGUGCAAUGAUGAGAGGGAGCUCCAGUACUGGGAGUCCUUAGUUCUGCGAAGUUUUGUCUAGGUGAGAUCCUCCUACUUGUUCUGUGAGUGAGGAGGCAGCUCAGGACUUAGUGAUGCAUGCUGUCAUUUAAAAGAGGAAAGAAGGAAAACGUGACAGGGCUGCUUCAAAACUCAAACUGCAUACAAGAAGCUUAAAAGGAAGUGCAGAAGAAUGGCUAAAAAGGUAACGCUCAGGUGGUGUGGAGGUUGUCUUAAGACACGUAUGGAAGCUCAGAAAAUGCAUGCAGCUACUUAAAAAGACGUCCAUGAAGCUGAUAGGCUCUUUGAAGAAUCUUUCUAAAGAGUGAUAGCUCUCUAAAUAAGGAAAAAAUGGGAGAUUUCUUGCCCAUCAAGUGUAACACCAUAAUGCAGUAGUCAAAUGUUUUGAAAAGCAAUUUGUUAAAAGCAAACAACUAGUAAAGAGCAACACUGAGACAGGAUUGUAAUAGGAUAGGAUCAUUGGGGCUGAAAUGAUGGAAGCGCAAAGCAAAGACAAAACCUGAUUGAAGAGCUGAGUGAGUGGUUUGUCGUUAGAAAGAAGCUUCGAGUCUUCCCAGUAGAGCUUUUGUUAAGGGUUGACUCCGAGUAACCAUCUUCUGUUGUGUUAGAGGUAAAUUGAUGAAAUUAAUAGUAAUGCUUGCUUGGCGCUACACUGAUUUUGUCCUUAAUAAAACAAAAAUAUUAAGCUACUGAGCAUUUGAAAAUGGCAUCACUUUUCCUAAAUCUUCCUUGUUUCUUGAAUGGUAGGUGGCAGACGUUAUGGUUAUCCCCUAAGGGGUUUCCAACGUGGUCUGAUUUUUUUUGUGCAUGUUUGAUAGAAAAUAUUCUCAAAUAUGAUCACAGAUAAUUGAGAAAAUUUAGGUGGAAAUUGUAAUUCAGGAUCAAACUGAAGAAACGAAGUUUACCCUACAUCUAUUAGAUCUCUGAAAUUCUGUAAUCUAUCGCUUACAGUACUGGAUUUGGUGUGAGGGGAAAUGCUAAAGGACACUCAGGUUAACUGAUUGGUCGUGCUGGAGCAUGGCUUAAAUUUAAGACUAUGAGAAGACACAGAAACGAAGUUACAAUUGAAUUGCGGAAGAACAAAAGAGAUGAACAUCUUUUGAAAAAACGAAAUGUUCCCCAAGAAGAAAGUUUAGAAGAUUCUGAUGUUGAUGCUGACUUCAAAGCACAAAACGUAACACUAGAAGCUAUACUGCAGAACGCCACAAGUGACAACCCAGUGAUCCAGCUGAGUGCUGUUCAGGCUGCAAGAAAACUCCUAUCCAGUGACAGAAAUCCACCUAUCGAUGACUUAAUAAAAUCUGGAAUUUUACCGAUUCUGGUAAAAUGCCUAGAAAGGGAUGAUAAUCCUUCAUUACAAUUUGAAGCUGCGUGGGCAUUGACUAACAUAGCAUCAGGCACUUCUGCACAAACUCAAGCUGUUGUACAGUCUAAUGCAGUACCCCUCUUUUUGAGACUACUUCAUUCGCCACACCAGAAUGUUUGUGAGCAGGCUGUCUGGGCUCUCGGAAAUAUUAUCGGUGAUGGUCCUCAGUGUAGAGAUUAUGUCAUAUCACUGGGAGUUGUCAAACCUCUUCUGUCCUUCAUCAAUCCCUCCAUUCCCAUCACCUUCCUUCGGAACGUCACAUGGGUCAUUGUAAAUCUCUGCAGGAAUAAGGACCCCCCACCGCCUAUGGAGACAGUUCAGGAGAUUUUGCCAGCAUUGUGUGUUCUGAUUUACCAUACAGAUAUAAACAUUCUUGUGGACACCGUUUGGGCUUUGUCCUACUUAACAGACGGUGGCAAUGAGCAGAUACAGAUGGUGAUUGAUUCAGGAGUUGUACCUUUUCUAGUUCCCCUUCUGAGUCAUCAGGAGGUCAAAGUUCAAACAGCAGCACUGAGAGCAGUAGGCAACAUAGUAACUGGUACUGAUGAACAGACACAAGUUGUUCUCAACUGUGAUGUUUUGUCUUACUUCCCAAACCUCCUGACACAUCCAAAAGAGAAGAUAAACAAGGAAGCAGUUUGGUUCCUUUCCAAUAUCACAGCAGGAAACCAGCAACAAGUUCAGGCUGUAAUAGAUGCUGGGCUAAUCCCUAUGAUCAUACACCAGCUGGCUAAGGGUGACUUUGGAACACAGAAGGAAGCUGCUUGGGCAAUUAGCAAUUUGACAAUAAGUGGGAGAAAAGAUCAGGUUGAAUACCUCGUACAGCAAAAUGUAAUCCCACCAUUCUGUAAUCUACUCUCAGUAAAGGAUUCUCAAGUGGUACAGGUGGUGCUGGAUGGUCUGAAAAACAUCCUGAUAAUGGCUGGUGAUGAGGCUAGCACAAUAGCUGAAAUUAUAGAAGAAUGUGGAGGGUUAGAGAAAAUUGAAGCCUUGCAACAACAUGAGAACGAAGACAUUUAUAAACUAGCAUUUGAAAUCAUAGAUCAGUAUUUCUCUGGUGAUGAUAUCGACGAGGAUCCCAGUCUCAUUCCUGAAGCCACUCAAGGAGGUACUUACAAUUUUGACCCAACAGCCAACCUUCAAACAAAAGAAUUUAAUUUUUAAGUUCCAAAAAGUGCAGCUUCUCUGUCCCACACCAGUAUGAAGCACCACCAGAUGGCUACCAAGUAAAGAAACAAAAGGCUCCAAGACACACAUGCCUCUUCGUUUUGAUGCUUCUAAAGCAAGCCAUGUAUCAGUCACUUUGCAGUUGCCAAACGUCACUAUCACACGGACUGUAAAUGCAUAUGCAUGAUCUCUUAAACUGUUUCAGAAUUCUUUUUAACAGUCCCGACUACCUUUUUUUGCCUUUUUCCUGGUGCCACAUGCUGACAACCGCGAUCUGCAGUUUUGUUAAGAGAAUUCCAUAGUGGUGGCACAUUGGCUUUCCACGGAAAAGUAGCUUCUUUGGAAAAUUGGUGCGCUGUGGAUCAAGACACUUUGGUAUGAUGCGUACAUUUUGGAAGACUACAGGGGCCCAGUUUGCUCUGAGCCUCCAUCAUCGUCCUCCACAAACAUAUUUUCAUAUACUUUAUGUGGAAGAAUAGAUUAAAAAAUGCAAGCCAAAUGAUUUCAUUGGUGAAACUGAAAUAAAAGUAACUUAAACAAAAACAAACAACAACACAACACUUGGCGAUUAAUUAAACACUUAAGUUUAAAGCAAACAAAAAAACUACUUCAUCUAUCAGUAAUUGAUGUGUGUUCAUUAACUGCCUCAGAAACCAGGGUUGGAGAAUGAACUGUAGAUUUGGACUGGUAAAGCUUCUGCCAUUAUACCUAAUUUUUGAGAACAGCGAGCCCUAUUUGACCACUCACUUCAGCCUGUGUGUUCCUGCUGUUUUGAAGUAAUCAAAUGCUGUGCAUGGUAUUUUACCUGAGCUACAACCUGUUACGGACUUGAACUUCUGUUUAAGCUGAAAGCAAGAAUCCCAGACUGUAGAAAAAAAAAAAAAAUUCUGUCCAAAAAAAUGUAUUAGUUCAAAAGAAUCUUGCUUUCAACUUUCAGUAGUCAAUAUAUUUUGUUUUAAAUCGAUAAUUGGAUAUGGUUGAUUCAUAUUGGGUUUAAACUGUGGAGCUUUCAUGUUUACUGUAAUUUAGUCUUAAUCUAUUUUUUACUUAGUAACCAGUGCUUUUGAUGAUGUGGUUGGCAACAAACCAGCAACUACUUAGAAGCGUCAUAAAAGCUUCAUUCUUGGAGUACUGAAAGAGUUACUCAGAACCUAGUCUCCAAUCUUAGUCCCGUGAUUAAACAAGAUGCAAACUGGUUGUCGUGUGAGGCUGUAUGGAAGCUGCCGCUACUCAGCAAAAACCCGAUGUGCAGCGCACAUUAAAUAACUUUCCGUAAGGGAUGGGAGGUCACUGCUGUUGGAGAAUCGCCUGACCCAGUCAUUUGCAAAGGGAUCGUGGUAUCGCUGGGGUGAAGGUGGAUAAUUGUGAAAUUCCGUAAGCUGUCACACAAACUGGUUUUGUUGCUGUUGUUUACUGGGUGUAAUUUCCCAAUGCAUUGAUGUGAAGGGAUAGAAAAAUCUAAACUAAUUUAGUUAUUGGAUGUGGGUUGUAUUUACUGUGAUGAAGAUAAGGACAGAUGCCAUCAGAGCUUUGUGGAUCAGCUGUUUUUCCACUGAUGAACAACGCAUAGCAGGUGUGCAUUCAUUAAAUAUAUAUCUGCCAAGGUGGAGCCACUUUAAAGAGCGACUUGUCUUGUAUCCCAACCGGAUACAAGCGUAUGUUUAAACUGCAAGAUUUUUACUUGCUAGAUAAUCUGUUUUAAUAUAGUGGUUUGGCCUCUGAUUAUUUAUAGGUUUUAUAAAUUUUAGAAUCAAUUUCUCUUUAAGGUGGCUCAGAUUUUUCAACUCUCGUGCACAUAAAGUUGAGUUGAAGUUCAUUGUGCCUUUUUUCUUUUCCCAAAAGUUGAGUUGAAGCUUCAUAUGGUAACUGCAUCCUAUUCACACACUAUAGUCUAAAACCUUGAAAAUGUGUGGUGUUCGCUAAAAAACUAAACAAGAAGAAGUCAAAGUUAGGUAAGGUCACAAAGCUUUUGUGAAAUUAGAGCUCCGGCAGGUGUUAUUGUGAACAAAUAUUUCCCCUUCUAACUCGAUUUAGUUCCCCUCUCUGCCAUAUAGACUGACGGUUACCCUGCUCAGCCCGUGCUCACUCUUACCCUACGGAUUACCUACAAAUUGAUAUUAAAAUAACGGUUUUCCACUACUGUGAAGAUCUGAUCUUUUUCUUGCACUCGAUGCAUUACGUUAAAAGUGAACGUCGGCGAACUGAGUUGAGGCAAGACAAGGCGUUCGCUCAGUUCUUUCUGUUGUGACCUUAUCAGCUUUUGAUUGGGAUUGCACCAUCGCAUAGUUAAUAAAGGAAACAAAGUAUAUUGCUGCACUUUUACGUUUUCAGAACAGUGUUUAAAAUUGCAUUGUUUUUAUUAUUUUUUUAAACUAUCAGUUAAAAUAGACUAAAACGUUCUUUCAAAGAGGCAUCUAAAUGUGUUCCUAAUUUUGUAUAUGGGCUUAGGUUUUGUAACCAAUAAAAAGCUGCUAUCAAAUACUAUAAAAAAAAAUUCAAGAACUUAUUUUGAAAGUUACGAAACUGCUUAGUCUUCGCAGAUCAACCUAGGGGUUUUUGUCUUUGACUAGAUAUUAGUUAGCAGAACUCCACCUCAACGUCUGACGUAUGUUACAAGAAUGAAUAAAGUAAGCUAACGCUGUGGUCUCUGGAACUUG